AUGCACGCGUGUCCGAAUCCGAAGCUCCAGAUCAACUUGAUGCGCUGAACCACGACACAGGAGACUUAGGAGUUCAGCAGUCAGCAGUCAGCAGUCAAAAUGUCUGGAGCUGGAUAUGAUGUAGUCGUUGAUGUGGAUGAGGAGGGUGAUCUUGGCCAUACCGACUUGCAAGAAGAUCUCGAAUUCCACUCCUCGAACUUCAACACAGAUGCACCUUCAAACGCUCGAAAGCUACCUGGAAGCUCACCAGGCUUACCACCUCCCGCGACAGCCAGCAGCGGCUCGUCCAAACGAUUUCUAUGGACACUCUCAUUCUACGCGCAAUUCUUCGAUGUUGAUACCAGCUCUGUGCUGUCGAGAUGUUGGGCAGCUUUAUACCCACGGGCGAACUUCCUCGAUGUGCUAGAAGGCAACCCAGAUCUUUACGGGCCGAUCUGGAUUGCUACAACGGUGGUCUUUAUUCUAUUUCUAGGUGGAACUAUUAGCAAAUAUCUGGCGGAGACAGGCGCAGAGCAUUUUGUCUAUGAUUUCAGACUUUUGAGUGGUGCUGCUGGUUUGAUCUAUGGCUACACUCUUGUCAUUCCCAUCGCCCUUUUCCUCGCCCUCAAAUACUUCGGGAGCGAAUCUGCCAAUCUUCUCGAGUGCUGGGCCUUAUAUGGAUACUCGAAUUUGAUUUGGAUCCCAGUUGCUCUUAUCUCAUGGUCUCCAGUCACGCUUCUCAACUGGAUAUUCGUUGGUGUUGGGUUUGGUGUGAGCGUGGCCUUCUUGCUGCGAAAUCUAUAUCCCGUCUUGAGUGCGACAGACAAGCAGACUAGCAAAGCGUUGUUAAUUCUGGUGGUCUGUCUUCAUGCGGGGUUGGCUAUUGCGAUCAAGAUUCUCUUUUUCGCUCAUGGUAGCCCUGUAGCGAAGGAGCCCAAGUCAAGUACACCGGCUGAGACACCAGCGGAGAGCAUGGUGAAGUUCUUGCUGUUCUAAUGAGGAAACUUGGAUGUACGAGUAUGGGGAAGCUGUAGCAUAAGCCUACAUAGCAUGAUUUCAAUGAAGGAUAUCCAAAUUGCACAU